GUUAGUUAUAUAGUGUAUGUCAACUCCGAGACACAACUCAAACAGGUUAGUUAUAUAGUGUAUGUCAACUCCGAGACACAACUCAAACAGCACAUCAAAAGUAGAAGACAUAAAGACCGAGUAGCAGGGAAGCCAGCCAAGCCCAAGUUCAGCCCGUAUGGUCUACCACCCCAACGCAACCAGUCAGUUGGGAUCACUCUGAGGAAGGAGCAGGACGUGGCGAAGCCUCUCGCCUCGUGCCUCUUACAGCGCCAUCUCUCCCUUGCUGCUGCUGCUGCCAUGGCAACCCUGUCCCCGUUUCAUUUACGCCCUGCCCCUAUACCUGGCCCUGCCAUCUUUCAGAUUCAGGCCCUCCCCAGACCUUGUUACAUCCUGCCCCAGGACCUUUCC